GGUUUUCUGGAGUUUAUUUGAGCAGCGGCUGAGCCUACAAGUACAAGUACAUGAUUGUACAAAAUACAAGCUCUGGAAAAGAUUACCUAUGUCCUUACGUGUCAGACCGAGGGAAGCAUUUUCAGAGACCCAGUACAGCGCAGUGAGGUCUUUCUGGCCCGCUGUAGAAACUCAGCUUCUGACUGAUCUGCUACAGCAUGUCCUGCACUGGCUCCGUAGCUGCAGUUAGUUGUAUCUGCUUGGCGUGUGAGAGGCACCGUCAUCAUCCACUGAGCUGAGGUAAAUACACCUGUAGCUGCCUACGAAAUUGCUGCACUGUUGUGUUUCUUGUAGGCUGCCGAUUCUGCCGCCACUGGCGUCACUGGGUAUCACUCGGACAAGCAGCUAUCUUGAGCCGCGUGUCGCCGCUAUACUGUUGUGGGGAGUCGUAGCGCCAACCGCACACGGGACACCAUGCCACCGAAGAAAGGUAAAGGAAAAGGCAAGGGCAAGAAGAAGGGCUCCGCCAAGAAGAAGAAGUCGGAGAAGAAGGCCGCAGCCGAAGACGGCUCCCUGUCCAAGCCGGUGACGGAGGAGACCCGUCAGUACUAUCUACAUCAGCUGCAGCAGCUGGACGAACGAGUCCUUCGCUAUCAGGAGAAGAAUGACGUCCUGGAGGUACGCAACAAGGACCUUGAACAGCGGCUGCACACCGAACAGCGAGAUAAGUUCGACAUCACCAUCACGCUCAAGAGACAGCUGGGCGAAACGGUGGACUUGAAUGCCGAGCUGCAAGAGAAGAUUAGCCAGCAGUUCGCUAAAUACGCAGAGGAGAAGGACGCGUUCGAGCAGCAAAUCAACUCAUUGAAAACGCAGAUCAAGGAGCAGCGAGACCAGUUCAAAGCCGAAAUAGAAAUCCUUCAGGGCAGUCUGAAAAGCCUAGAGGACUUCAAGCGAAUGAAGGACGAGAUCGAAGCAAGAACUAACCGCCUCACGGUGGCUUUGCAAGAUGUCAGUGAUGAGUACAAGCGCUACAGAGCAGGCACUGAAAAAUCCAUGGUCAUCAAGCAGGAACGGCUCAAGGCAGAGAUGGUACAGAAGAUCGAGGCAACAGCCCGGGAAUACCACAAGGUCUCCGCUAAGCAAAUGGCGGAAACUACGCGCCGAACCAUUCAGGAGAACUUGAUUGUGAACGAGAACCUCACAUCAAUGACAAGCCGUGCUAACGAGUACAUGGUGAAAUCGAAGAAACUGGAGGACAGAUGUGAAGAGCUGUCAAGAGAGCUGGAGCUGCUGACGCAAAGCCACCACUCUGUUCUUGAGAAAAAAGCUGGCAACGACAAGGUCUUGAAAGUCCUCCUAAUGAACUUGCAAGAGCAAGAGGAUGCCGUAGUACAGCUGGAGCACAUGAAAGAGGCGCUGUCUCAACUUGAUGACCAGCUGGACGAAACCAAAGAUGCGCGAAGAAAGUACGAGCACAUCUCCAAGAAAUCGGCGGCAGAGAUCCAGCGCCUGGAGGCAACUCUCAGAGCCUCGCAGGAAGACAACGCACAGCUGAGAGCACAACAAGACCAGUCGAGUAAAGUGCUGAAGAGCCUGAGCUCGGUGUUGAUGCAGCGUAUUGAAGGACCUGCAGAGGUGCGCGAUGCCGACCCUCAGGAAGGCGGCAAUGUGCUCGCCACAAUGCUCAACCUUCUGCAGGUGGCAAUUGACAGUGGCUUAGUGGACGGGGAAUUGCCGGCGGCUGCAACUUCUGCUUCAGCUUCUCACCAGCAUGCUACUGCAAAGGCAUCAAUGGCGGACCCAGCAUGGCAGCUAGUGGGUGAGCCGAGGCAGGCCUCGCCGCUGCUGUCAGCAAGCAAGGUGCCGAGCACGCUGCCACCACUGCGGCCACACGACGGCUCACUGGUGACAUCUGCUGCUAUAUCAAUGCAGUCACCGCCAUCAGCAGCAGCAGGGUCUAUGCCCAUGCCGUACGUACCGGGUAUCGCCGGCGCCGUGCCCGUCAAUCUCUCCACUCUGACCAGGUCACACACGAUGCAGCGCACCAGCACUGGCACCGGCGCUACCACUGUACCACCGCUGAGCAGGAAACAUGCAGCAGCGGCUACCAGCAAGCUGGACAACAAGAAAUCCACGGCUGUCCAGACGGAAAGCGUGCCAAAAUCUCUGCUGCUCUUGGACAUGCUGAUGGCAAACAAGGAACAGGACCCCGAGGCAAGUCCGUCAAGAACGGCCGUGGACGAGCAGGAUUACCAAUUGCGAAAAGAAAUGUCCCGCCACGAGAGGCUGCUAACAGCUGCAAUACAUCAGUCGACUAAAACCUAGCCAAGGUAGAAAGUGCAACAGUUUGCACACAGAUUCAGACUCCAAUACACACAUUGACAACAGCAGCAACAACAACAGCUGCAGCAGCAUUCGUUCAGCUCUGGUUGGCCUGACCCAACCCGCUCAUCAAACUUCAUGGUUCAUGGUUGUGCCGCCCAUUAGCCAUUAGCCAUUACUGGCAUUAGCCAUUACUAGCAUUAGCCAUUAGCCAUUACUGGCAUUAGCCAGCUGCACAGUACAUGGCUUGUACAUGUAUCACAUUGGUUGCUGGCCACAAAGGAGUACAUACAGGCAUGUAGCUACGGCAGCCGUCGCCAGUGGUUAUGUACCCUGCUUCGUUGGUGAUAACAACCAGUCCUGUUUCAGCAUGCUCGGCAGAUGUCCUGUUUUCAGCAUGCAGGGCGGACGGUGUGCAUCAAACUUUGGGAAGAAGUUGAGGUUAUACGUGCUAUACUACUAACUUAGUGUAGCCUUUCGUUCCUGCUAUGUAUGUCUCACCACUGUUCUCAGUCACGCCAGCUACAUAUGUCUGGAUUGUUACAUGGUUGUUACCUUGAUUAUUUAUCGCAGCUUGACAUGAACAUGUUAUCAUUGAAUUCCCGCAAGUCUCCACCAAUCAGGGGAAUAUUUCUGGAAGGCUUCA